CCCGCGGUGCGUCACGGGAGCUGCGGCGGCGACCUCCUGGCUCCCGCCCCCGCACGCGCCCGCCGCACGCACGCGCACUGCGCCCAGCAUGAGGGUCGCGGCUCUGAUCAGUGGUGGGAAGGACAGCUGCUAUAAUAUGAUGCAGUGCAUUGCUGCUGGGCAUCAGAUCGUUGCUUUAGCAAAUCUGAGACCAGCUGAAAACCAAGUGGGGUCUGAUGAACUGGAUAGCUACAUGUAUCAGACAGUGGGACACCAUGCCAUUGACUUGUAUGCAGAAGCAAUGGCUCUUCCCCUCUAUCGCCGAACCAUAAGAGGAAGGAGCUUGGAUACAAGACAAGUAUACACCAAAUGUGAAGGUGAUGAGGUUGAAGAUCUCUAUGAGCUUUUGAAACUUGUUAAGGAAAAAGAAGAAGUAGAGGGGAUAUCAGUAGGUGCUAUACUUUCUGACUAUCAGCGUAUUCGAGUGGAAAAUGUGUGUAAAAGGCUUAAUCUCCAGCCUUUAGCUUACCUUUGGCAGAGAAACCAGGAAGAUUUGCUCAGAGAGAUGAUAUCAUCUAACAUUCAAGCAAUGAUCAUCAAAGUAGCAGCUUUGGGCUUAGAUCCUGAUAAACAUCUUGGGAAAACCCUGGAUCAAAUGGAGCCAUAUCUCAUAGAGCUUUCUAAGAAGUAUGGAAUACAUGUUUGUGGAGAAGGUGGAGAGUAUGAAACUUUCACUUUGGACUGCCCUUUAUUUAAGAAGAAAAUAAUUGUGGAUUCGUCAGAAGUAGUCAUGCAUUCAGCUGAUGCAUUUGCACCUGUGGCCUAUCUACGCUUCUUAGAACUGCACUUGGAGGACAAGGUGAAAAACCAGUGUAUUCAAGAAAACCUCCCACCAGGUACCAGCGGACUAGCAACAUCUGAGCCACGUUUCUCUCAUUCAGUGGAGAAAGCAUGUUACAUGCAGCUGCUUAAGCCUUUUCUUUUCUCCAAGAUGAUGAAGCUGAGGCAUCUAGAAGUUCAUGAGGUCAAAUUUACAUAGCAAGCCAGUGGUGGGAUACACUCAAGCACACCGGCUUUGAUGCCUCUGCUUUAACCUCUUUGCAAUAUGGCUUCUCCAUAGGUCAGCAAAAUACCUAUAUUAUAACUCUGUUAUUGAAGGAUUAUAUAAGAAUAUUUGGUACUUUUCUCAAGGUAUUUAGCUAUGAAAUUUUAAAUGAGAAAUUUAAGUGUAGAAAUUUGUCAUAUGUUAUAAAACUAUUUCCCACAGAAUUCUCAUAGCAAUGGUUCCUCAGUACUGAUGCUUAGCAAAUAUGUAUUGGAUGAAUUCUUCUGCUACAUUUAGUUGUUUUAUUAGUAAUUGUGAAAAUAAUUCCCCUGUACUGUUAAAGCAAUUUGAUGAUAGAAUAACUUUAGAGCAUUAAUCCUUACUUUUAAGUGAAUUCUCCUUGGGCAAACAAUACAUAAAGAUGAAGUGAUCCAGCAUAAAGUGAACAAUAGCCUUUUAUUAAAAUGUCUAAAUGUGGCAGUAACUAAAGAGGUCAGCUGGCAACUGCACUGUUUUGGAAAGCUACUGACUUUGGGAGCAAAGUGAUGUUGACAGAGUCACCUCUACUGUUCAGAUUUUGAAGUCUGAUGACAUCCUGUGUUCACUCUGUAAAUAAAAAUACCUUAAGAAAAAAAAAGGAAACAAAAUGUUUUCCCUCCUUCCCCAAAUGGCACAGUCUCUUGGCUGUAGUCCCAUAAAUAUGUUCAUUGAAACAAAACCAAAAAUGUGUAAAGCCAGACAUAAAACCAAAAUUCUCUAUGAGAAAGCUGACUUGAAGACAUUCACAGAAAAGUGACACAUCUAAAGCCUCUUAUAUCUUAAUAACAUCAUCCUUAAAUAGAUUUUUUAAUGCCAUGUUCAGAAUUUGACCUUGUUUUUAAAAAUCCAAUUUAAUUACUUUAUGUCGCCACUAAUACAAGAUUUGAGAAGAAAAGGAUUAAAAUCCAUCUCGAAGUCAUCCGUGAACAUUGUCUUCAUUAUUUUUUCUUUUAUUCUUUUAUUUCUUGUUUAAAUAACAUAAUAUUUGAAUGAAAAUGUUAAAAAUUCUGUUCAAAGGCGUUGUUAAACUCCUUCUGAAAACAAGAGAAUUUUCCUAUUUUUUUUUUAUUCCUUCAAUCAAGUAGGUACAACCUGAGAUAAACAUGAUGUUCAGAGGCAUAUAAUAGAGUUCAGAGUAUAAGAACAAGCUGAUAAUCAAGUAGUUUCCUACUAAUCCAGGAAAUGUCCCACAAUACAGAACAGUUUGGAAAAUAUGGGAGAAAAAUUAAGAGAUAUAGAGGAGAAUUUGAGGAGGUCACACUUUCAAAUAAAUAGGAAUAAAUAGGUAGUGGUAGAAAAAUAAUUUUUGAAAAUAGAAGAAAAUUGUCCUUAGUUUUAAAAACGUAUAAUUAUUCAGAUUAAAGCUCCCACCCAAAAUUUGGUAGAUGCUCUCAGGGUUCUACUCUCCAACUCCAAAGCAAAACAGAAAUGUAGCGAUACAGAAAAGACAAGGAAAGGAAAUUUUAAAUCAUAUAGGUUUGACAUGACCAAAAAUUAUUAGAAAAUGGUUGUGAAACUGCCUUUGCAGAAUUAUGAUAGUAAAAGAAAUCUGACAUAGUUGACUCCAUUUUGCUUCUGACCUCCAAGCCAUCCUUGGUCAUUCCUAGGCAAAGGCCAAGCUAACCUUGGGAGGAAUUUUCUUUAUAGUUUAAGGCAAGUAUGACAAUAGUCCCUCCCUAAUCUAACCCUCUCCUUGCUUAGAGACCAAAAACCUCCUUUGUAAGAAUGGGAUUAUGGGAAGGGCUUCAAUGUGGCUAAAAUGUAGGCAUAGUGUCUAUAAUCCCUUACUGCUCAAGAUUCAUGUGGCCAGAGGUCACAAGAUUUGUGACUUUUCCAAUUAUUCCUGUAGAUAACAUCACUAUGUAGAAGCUAAGAUUGGUUCUCAAGAUAUUUUUUCAGACUGACCCCACGUCCCCACAUGGACCCAUGACUCAUGACUCAACUGGUCCUGCAGCCCCACUGGAGGUAGACUCAGUGCAUGAGGGCUGUUUUCCACACCCUUGUGAUUUCAUCCCCAACCAAUCAGCAACACCCAUUUCCUGGCCCCCUGCCCACUGAAUUCUCCAUAAAAACCCUAACCCCUGAGUCUUUGGAGAGACAUAUUUGAGUGAUAACUUCAGUUCUCCUGUGUGGGCCGGGUUCCCGUCAGUUAAACUCUUUCUCUACUGCAAUGCCAGAAUCUCAGUGAAUUGAUUUUGUCUGUGAAGUGGUCAGGAUGAACCCAUCAGGAAAUUACAGUGGCAGUACAAAUUGAGAAGUGGGAAGAAGCGUGUCUAUUCAGAGUCACCUCUAGAUGAGUGAAAUAGUAUUAGGAAGACCUUUUUUAGAAAAUCCAUAAAACUGCCUUUUUUCUUACCUUCUUAUUGAAGUAUUCCCACAGAGAAAAGAGCACAAAUCAAGAAUAAAACUUAAUGAAUGUUUACAAAGUGAUCACACCUGUAUAACUAUUACCCAAGUCAAGAAAUAAAACGUUAUCAAAACCACAGAAGUUCUCCCUUCUUUGUGCCCUUCGCAGUCACUAUUGCUCCCCUCUUUCCAGAAAGUAACCACAGUUCUCACAAUUAAUACAUAGAUGAUUAGUUUUGCUUGUUUUUGAACUCUAUAGAUGAAAGUAUUUGGUAUUUACUCCUGUGUAUUCUGUUGCGCCUGGCCUCUUUUGAAACCACCUUUACAAACUUAUGACAGUAGGAGAAAUAUGACAUAGUUGACUCCAUCUUGCUUCAAGCCUUAUAAGCUGGCUGUCUUCACUCUGUCCUUGGCAUAGGCCAAGCUAACCAUGGGAGGAAUUUAGUUUAUAGUUUAACCUUAAAGCAAGGGUGAUGAUAGCGCUCUCCAAAGUUAAAUUGCCUUUGUAAAACUAUUGAAAGACCACAAGAUUAGGAUUACAGAAGGAAACUGAACUCUGCUAAAAUGUAGGCAUAGUUUCUAUAAUCCCUUACUGCUCAGAGGUCAUCAUGGGAUCAGAGGUCACAAGAUUUGUGACUUCCCUAGUUGUUCCUGUAGAUAACAUCACAAUUGAAGAACCUAAGAUUGGCCUUUUGAGGGUUUUUUUCAGACUUUUCCAUUUCUGAUGACCAGCUGACUCCACUCAUACCCGUGGAAUUUAGGGAGACCCUUCAGAGAGGUCAGGGUUCAGAAAACUGACUGAAUAUUUUGAGAGCUUUUAUUUUUUUCUCCCUCCCAAAAUUACAUUGAAAUGACAGAAGAAAUGUAAAAUAAUAAUAAAUCUAUAGCAACUUUAGACAGCAGGGAAGAGUGCCAUUAGCAGUGUGAGUUUUUGGAAGGUAUAAAAGAAAUAGAAUAAGGUGGAUGGCCAAUUACAACAAAGAUGACCCUGCAACUCCACAGAGAAGGAAAAGAUUCUGCAAAACAAAAGGAACCAUGAAAAUAAGCCCAAGGUUAACAACUGCAGGGAACUAGAAGGAAAAGGCUAUGUCUGGAGAGCCAGCUAUUUAAUUAUGGGGUAGUAAAACAAUUGCACAAGCACUCUGCUUGCAAAGCGGUUGGCUUUCUUACAUACAGGAUAAAGCCACAAAUACAAAAAUCUAAAUCUGAUGUGGGAGAUUCCCAAAGGAACCUUUGAUUGGGUAGAGUCUCCUCUGACUUAUGGACCCCAAAAGAGAAGGAAGUAUAUACACUCAAGAGAUAUCCAAGCAUACAAGCCAGCUGACGGUGUGUCCAGAACCCAUGUAAUAUCUACACCCUUGGAGCCAGGUGAACAUUUUCAUUUGAAAUAUGUUCCAGCUAACAACAUCAGAACCAGACAAAGCGGCAUCAACCUUAACAAACAAAAUAAUAUAUCCUUUGGGAAAACAAAAUUAAUUUGGGAGAUAAAUGAAAUUUCAGAAUUACUUAAU